AUGGUCGUCUUGCCAGAUGUCCUUAUCCUUGUUGAUGGUCGCCGGUUAGCUGUGUGCCCUCCCCAUCACCCCGCGCGUCGAGCCCUCCACCUUGCACCGCCAUGGCUUCUUGACGAUUACACCCAGCGCUAUCACCUGAUCAGCUCUGUAGACGCAUCCAAGAAACGAUCCCAAGCAUACGCGCAUUUGAGCAACUGUAACCUUUGUCCGAGACUGUGCGGAGUCAAUCGCUACGAGAAGACAGGCGUCUGCUUGAUUGGCGCGGAGAAGGUCAAGGUCAACACGGUCGCGCCGCAUUUUGGAGAAGAACCAUGUCUCCAAGGCCACAACGGUUCUGGCAGCGUCUUCUUCUCCGGUUGCAACCUGCGAUGCGUGUUCUGCCAGAAUCAUGACAUUGCCCAUCAGCGCAACGGUUUCGACCUCACCCCCGAAGAGCUCGCCGAGUGGUACAUGAAACUGCAGGACGUAGGCAAAUGCCACAAUAUCAAUCUCGUCACACCCGAACAUGUCGUCCCGCAAGUCGUCCUCUCCAUCCUGCACGCUCGCGAGCUCGGUCUGCGGAUACCCAUCGUCUACAACACAUCCUCUUUUGACUCGCUGGAGAGCCUGAAGCUGCUAGACGGCUUGGUAGACAUCUACUUGCCAGACUUCAAGGUGUGGAAGGACAGCACCAGCAAGAGGUUGCUGAAGGCGAACAACUACACCGCAACGGCCAUGGAGAGUAUCAAGGCGAUGCAUGCACAGGUUGGAGAUCUCUGCUUCACAGCCGAUGGCAUCGCGAAGAGGGGCGUCUUGGUGCGACACCUCGUAAUGCCAGGGAUGGAAGAUGAAGGCAAAGCGAUUAUGAGAUGGCUCGCGGAAAACGUCUCCAAGGACAUCAUGGUGCACAUUAUGGAGCAAUACUUCCCCCGUGCCCACGUUGGCAAAGAGCGUCGCAGCGGCAAGGAUAAACGCAACGUUGUCGAUCCGGGCGGCGCGCAAGCUCCGGAGAGUACGAAGAAGGAUGUGAGAUAUGCAGACAUCAAUCGUCCGGUAGAUCUGAGUGAAGUUGCAUCUGUUAAAAAAGCGGCCGAAGAAGCGGGCUUAUGGCGCUUUGUCGAAGCUGCAAAGCACGGUGGCUUCAACAUCUAA